AUGGAUAAUCGACCAUUGUUAAAUGAUGAUAGUUUAAAUGAACAACAAGCAUUAGGAACUGUUCCACAAAUGAAAAGUCAAACGCAUGUAUUUAUAAGUUUUCCGAAUUCAGCAAUUGAUCAAGAUGAUGAUGAUGAUAACGAGAAUAAUGUUAGCAAUAAUAAUCGUAAUGCCCGUAUGUAUAAUAUAACAAAUUCUGAUCAAUUUCCAUUAUCCCGGCCCGUGACAUCUUCAUCAGUCGAUCAGAAACAACAACCACGUUUAUGGCAAUUUGAUUAUUAUCAGCAAUAUUUUCAGGUCGAUACAAAACAAGUUUUACAACGUUUAUUAGAUAGCAUAACACCGCGAUCGAAUUUUGAUGCUAAUAUCCGUCAAAAUCCUGAUCUCUACGGACCGUUUUGGAUUUGUGUUACAUUUAUUUUCACAAUCGCGAUUAGCGGCAAUAUAACUAAUUAUUUUCAUUUAUCAUCAGCCGAGUUUCAAAUUGAUUUUAGUAAAAUAACAUUAUCAUCAACUAUUUUAUUUCUUUACUGGUGGUUGAUGCCGACAUUUAUGUAUUUAUUUUUUCGUUGGCGUUUAAACAGAAUUGAAUAUACAUAUUUAGAAUUACUUUGUGUUUAUGGUUAUUCAUUAACAAUUUUUAUUCCUAUUUCUAUCUUAUGGAUGAUUCAAAUCAAUUGGUUACAAUGGUUAUUAACAAUUUUUGGUUCGUUAAUUAGUAGUAGUGUGUUAAUUAUUACAUUUUGGCCAGUUAUAUCGAUCGAUCAAAAGCGAUUAACAUUAUUAUCAAUAGUGGUUGUUUUUUUAAUGCAUACAUGUUUAGCUGUCACUAUUAUGCUAGUAUUUUUUCAUGUCUCAGAUUCAAAUAUCAAACCAAAUAUUUCGACUACCACUAAAGAAACAACAAUGACAAAAGGUUUAAUAACACCAAAACUGUGA